AUGAUUCAGCUGAGGAUGCCUCUGCCGCCCACGUCGCUGGCGACGACACAGCGUCUGCAGACGGUCUUGACGACUCAGCAGCCGCAGCGAGUGCGGUACAUGCUUUCCCCGCCGCACAAGGGAGCGCCGGGGACGCUGCGCACGAUCCGCGUCAGCGCGGCGACUGCCGGGAUACCGAUGAUCCGGAUGAGCCAGCUGCACCCGAACAGCAAGAUCGUCGUUCACGGACACAGCAGCAGCAGCAGCGGCGGCGCGACGGCAGAGGGGGGGACGCCCGGCGGCAGCGGCGGUGGCGGGGGAGGAGGAGGAGGAGUCAGCACGCAGACCGUACUCGAAAGAGGAGAGCUCAUCAAGACCGAGCAGGGCAACUUCGUGAUGUACCGCCCGAAGAGGAAGCCGGAGCAGGCGGCGGCGGCGGCGGGGGGAAUCCCGGGGUCGGAGCGGCUGCGGCAGAUGUGGAAGGACGACGACGACGACCUGCUGCCCUGGAGGAAGAAGAAGAAGGAACAGGAUGAGGAGGAUGAGGAGGAGAGUGGCGAGGUGGAGGUGAUCGAGUUGUCGGACAGCGAAGAGGAGAGGAAGGGCGAGAGGAGGGAGACGGCGCGCUUGACGGUCGGGGAAGAAGAGGAGUGGGGAGGAGGCGUUACAAAGGAGGAGCCGGCCGAAGGAGAAGAGGUUAGGAAGGAGGAGUCGGCCGAUGGAGGAGACCUUAAGAAGGAGGAGCCGGCCGACGGAGGAAACGCUGCGAAGGAGGAGCCGGCCGAAGGAGAAGAGCUUAGGAAGGAGGAGCCGGCCGACGGAGAAAAUGCUGCAAAGGAUGAACCGGAUGACGGAGGAAACGCUGCGAAGGAGCAGCGGGCCGACGGAGGAAAUGCUGCGAAGGAGGAGCCGGCCGAUGCAGGAGACCUUAAGAAGGAGGAGCGGGCCGAAGGAAAAGAGCUUAGGAAGGAGGAGCUGGCCGACGGAGAAGAGUUUAGGAAGGAGGAGCCAGCCGAAGGAGAAGAGCUUAGGAAGGAGGAGCCGGCCGAUGGAGGAGACGCUGGAAAGGAGGAGCGGGCCGAAGGAGAAGAGCUUAGGAAGGAGGAGCCGGCCGACGGAGAAAACGCUGCAAAGGAUGAACCGGAUGACGGCGGAAACGCUGCGAAGGAGGAGCCGGCCGAUGGAGGAGACCUUAAGAAGGAGGAGCGGGCCGACGGAGAAGACACUGCUGCUUCGGUAAAGAAGACAAACGACGAAACUGAGACAGCGAUGCCAUAUACAGAGGAGGCGGGUGGGCCGUUAAAAAUGGAUGAGACAGCGAGAUCGAAUGCAGAGGCGGCAACCGAGACAUUCGAGACAGCCGAGACAGUGGAGCCGAGUACGGCAGGGGUCGAUUACGGGAGAAAACCUACCGAAGAGGAUGGAGAAAAUCCCGACACGUUGAACGCGAACGAAGACCGUAAAACCGCCGAGAGUCGACCGAAUCGCGACGCCGCCGCUGCUGCCGACUUUCCUCCGUCCGCCGCACCGCCGGGGGAGACGACGACCUCCCCUGCUCCUCCUCAUCUUCCCGAAGCGUUGCCCGAGGAGCCGCGGGCGAGGAGAAGGCGAGGCGGGAGGCAGGUGGCGCUAGGGUUCGACUACGAGAAGCCGCUUCUGCGUCGGAAACCUCCGAUCUCAUACAAGAUGGCGUGCGACGUGUUCACGCGCUCCAACUGGCAGACGCACUUUACCGCGUCGUCGCCUGCAGCAGACAGACGGAUCCGGUUGGGUCAGGCGGACGUGGAGGAGGGCGGCGGCAGUGCGGAAGAGGAACCGGCGAGCAGGCGAUAUGAGAGCGUGAGAGCGAGCGGCAGCGGAGGCGGCGCGUCUGUCCCCUCGGCGACGGAAACCACUGGCGAGAUCGAGAGCGACCCCAGCGCCGCCCUGGCGGACGGCGCGGUGAGCGAACGCGCCGAGACGCAGGGCAACCAGAUGGAAGAGCCUGUUUCCAUAGCGAUGCAUAGCACCGUUUGGAAGAGUGCGUAUCCGCGCGGAAGCCUCGCGCCGACGCAAGAUGGCGACCUCGAGUUUGUCGCGUGGAGACGUGCGACGAGGACGACGGCAGCGACGUCGCCAUGA